UCCAGUCAGGACUCGAGGACGGUGAAGGUGAGGAAAUCUUGGAGGUCAAAUUCCAACGGAAAUUUCUCUCCUACUUCCUGAAAAAGCGAAGGCAGUGCUACCUCUGAGCUCCAAUGCCAAUUCUGAAGAGCGGCCUGGCGAGGGUGAGCCCCACCAAGCUGAAUGGAGGCCCGGUGAAGCUGCUGAAGGAGGUGGUUUUGGGCAGCACCAUGAGAACCGCUACCAUGAGCGCCGGGACCAUGAGCGCCGGGACCAACCCCUUUCAGGAAGAGCCCAGCGAUGCGUUGAACCCUUUCGCUGCAGACUUGGAGCAGGAGAAGAAGAAUCCCUUUGACGAGAUGGAGGAGGGAGGGGGGCAGGGGGAGGGGGGUCCCAACGGUGCGCUGCCCGUGGGCGGUGAGCUUGCGCCCAGGAGGAGCACGGAGAAGAUGGCGGUUCUGCGGAGGAUGUUGCACAAGGCCAAGUCUCCAACGGAGGGCAAGGGCGGGGAGAGGAGGUCCUUCUUCAAGCGCAGGUCGUCCACGGAGCAGGAGGUGCCCCCGAGCGGCCCCAGGGGGCCAGAGGAGGGGCCGACGUCACCGGUCAGCGGGCCGGGGGCCGAUGGGGCCGAUGGGCACGAUGGCAGGAAGAGGAUCUCGUUCCUGAGGCGCAGCAGGGGCAAGACAGAGCCGGUCGUAGAGACAUCAACCGCAGACGUGGGUGUCGGCAACGAGCCGCUGUCAGUGCUACAAAUUCUGCAGUUGGUCAAAGCGCGGGAGCUGGUCUUGGCCGACAGCCACAUCAUCGAGUUGGAGAGCGAGUGUGAGAAGUCGGGGGGUCGGCAGAGCGAGGCGCACACUGACAGCGGCAGGAAGGUCAAGGACGUGGCACUCCUCUACAAGGAGCUGGAGGCCGAGCUGGCCGCCAUUGUCCGAGGCUCGCUGGCCGAUCCCGGGACCACCUCCCACCUGGGCCAACUGGCCCGCACCAUCGAGCAGGAGGAGAAGGCAGACAGGGAGCGGGAUUCCCGCGGCAGGGAGCCCGGGGAACUCCGACGGAAGUGGCGACAGGCGGUCAAGGAGUCGGUGUCCGAGAGACUCUCGGCUGCCCAGACGGCGGGGAACGCCGCCAUCGACCGGCGUCUGGGGAGUCUCGGCGACCAGACGGUGACUGACCUGAUCGCGGUCUGGAAGAAGGUCGCGGUGGGCUACCCCAGGGAGUUUGAGGCGUUCAGUGUCUAUGUGCGGAGCUACCACGAGGCUGUGGCCUCCUAUCUGGCACAGAUGGCCCAGCAGGAGAUGGACAUUCAGCAGCUCUACACCUUCCUGGAAUGGACUUACUGUCUUUACUUCAGAGAGGUGUUGGGCCACGAGGAUCUGACCGCCCACAUCUGUAAACAACAUCUGGGACCUCUGCUGCCCGCAGACACCCUACAGACACUGGAGGACAACUGUGUUUCCAUGGUGAAGGUAGGAUCUCCU